UGAUUAGCUGUGUGGACGUUUCAAUGUAUUUAUACAUAUAAAUCCACCUAACCGCUUUCUCUCCCUUCUCAAUAUAUGUAUAUUUGGUUUUUGUAUAGAGGAAUUUGAUAAUAAUAAUAAUAAUAAAAAGAUGGGUCUUGAUCUGGAAUCUAUAUCAGAGGCAACUUCAGGAGCUGUCGGAUCAUUACUCAGCACCACCAUCUUAUACCCACUUGAUACCUGUAAGACCAAGUUCCAAGCUGACGUUCGAGCCCAUGGUCAGCAAAGAUACAGGAAUAUUUUGGAUGUGUUGUGGGAAGCCAUAUCUAGCCGACAGGUCCUUUCACUAUAUCAGGGAUUGGGAACAAAAAAUCUGCAAUCCUUCAUUUCACAGUUUGUAUACUUUUAUGGAUACAGCUACUUCAAAAGAUUAUAUAUCAAAAAGAGUGGUGUCAAAUCCAUUGGAACAAAAGCAAACUUGAUAAUUGCUGCGGCUGCAGGGGCUUGUACUGCUAUUGUAACACAGCCUCUGGAUACAGCCUCAUCAAAGAUGCAGACAACUGCCUUUGGAAAAUCCAAGGGGUUGUGGGAGACUCUUACUGAGGGCACUUGGAGUGAUGCAUUUGAUGGCCUUGGAAUCUCUCUGUUGCUGACAUCAAACCCUGCAAUUCAGUAUACAGUGUUUGAUCAGCUAAAACAAAGAAUGCUGAAGAAAAAACAAAGUAUAGGGGAUAAGGGUUCAUCCUCAGAAGUCCUUUCUGCCUUUUCGGCAUUUGUACUAGGUGCAGUGGCAAAGAGUAUUGCAACUGUUAUAACAUAUCCUGCAAUCAGGUGUAAGGUCAUGAUCCAAGCUGCAGAUCCAGAUGACGAUGGAACCAAAAAACCUAAGAAAAAGUCCCGCAAAACAGUGCCUGGAAUUCUGUACGCUAUAUGGAAAUCUGAAGGGAUAUUUGGCUUCUUCAAGGGAUUGGAAGCUCAGAUCUUGAAGACUGUUCUCAGCUCAGCAUUACUGUUGAUGAUCAAGGAGAAAAUAAGUGCAACCACUUGGGUUCUUAUACUUGCAAUCAGAAGGUCUCUAUUGCUUACGAGGGGUAGAUUGAAAAAUGCUUGAUGGUGAUUGUAUUGACCAGGGGUCUUCUGCAUGUAAAUAGGUUUCAGUUUCUUUGAUGGGCUAAAUUAAGUGUACUUUAUAGAUAUUAUUGGGAUUGAUUUUGUCAUAGAGGAAGCUCUUAAAUCUUACAUUUUUGGUGAUAAAAAAUGUUCCUUUAGUUUGAGAGGAAUCAAGAUAUAGAUCUGUUCGGGCUCAUCUUUUGAGCUAAAUUCUAAAUGAAAGGAAUAAAGUAGAGCAAGGAAGUUUUGUUCUGCAAAA